AUGACCCAAUUUCUCUUGAGCAAAGGUAAACCUAUCGAAUAUACCAACGAAAACAUUCAACCUGAGAAACCUACGGUAUUCUCUAAUCUGGCAAACAUUUCAACUGCUCUUGCCGACUCUAUAUUAUUAUUCCUUGGUUUACGACCCUCCGAAAAUGACGAUCGCACAACACCACCUGCGUCGUCAAUAAUGAUGCGCUAUGGCCUGAGUCCUCAGGCAAUGGCCUACGUUCAAUUUAAAAGCACGCGUCUGAAAGGUUUUAAUGAAUUUGUAAUUUACAAGAAUGGGGUGAUGCAGCGUGACAUAACUAUCAACAUACGUAGAGAUAUUGAAGUUGAAG